UCAUGGCUGUUGCAUGUGCUGUGGCCUGAAAAACACAUCUGAAGUUCCCAACAAAACCUGCUGCAGAACAGAUGAGCCCAGAGGAAGGCACCAUCAGAGCUGGCAGACAAAAAUGGAGAGAGUACACGGAGGAUCAGGGUCGCAGUCUGGGACUCAGCGGCUGGGUAAAAAACACAAGACAAGGAACCGUGAUUGGUCAGAUUCAGGGACCUGUGGAUAAAGUCAAUGAAAUGAAGCUCUGGCUGAAGAACAUCGGCAGUCCCAGUUCUCGGAUUGACAGAGCUACUUUCUCCAACGAGAAAGACAUUUCCAAACUGGAGCUCCAUGGUUUCUCUACACGCUACUGAGCAUGCCACAACACCAAUGAUGUCACAUCAUCCAGUCAAUGUGCACUUUCAAGUUACAGAAGUCUAUUAAUUUUUGCAGAUGAUCAAUUUAAUUUAUUUAUAAAUCUGCUUUUCAGAUUUCCUGUCUUUGGUCUUUUUGUUUGUGGCAAGA